UUUAGCUCUUCAAGAAAACCAACUUUGUAUGAGAUCUUAGACGUAUCGGAAACAGCAACUCUUGGAGAAAUCAAGAAUGCCUUUAUAAAAAAGUCCAAAGAGGUAAUUCCAGAGUAUUAAAAUUUUAAGUUGUGUGUGUUGAUGUCAAAAAUGUGUGUAGUGUUAAAUACUAAGAAUGUAUCAUUAUCAGAGUUAUUAUCAGACAGUACUGCAUGUACAUUUUUGUAACAUUCUUUCUUUAGGCUCGCUGAUGUCACAUGUUUAAAUAAAGAUUACCGGUAUCUUAUCUUAUUUUACUGUUCAAUUGCCAGUCUUGAUUCUCAAUUCCUGUAUGAAUGAAGAAUUAAGAAUCAGUUUUUGAGAAUGAGGUAAUGAUUGAAUUUCACAAGAUAGAAGCAAUAUAUACCUGGAUUCAUCCAUGAUUGAUUUCUUGAUAAUUUUACUUUGACGUAACACAAAAUGGAUCACAAACAAAGCAAAGCUUAAGUACCAGCUGGCUUUGUGCUGUAUUUCACUGAUGCAUGAGAAGUGCUUUUACUAUAGAAAUCUUUUCUCUUAUAUUUCUUUCAGUCUCAUCCAGAUACAAAUCCACUCAAACCAGAACUCCACAAUACUUUUGUUGAGGUAAACGUUGAUACUUUUUAACACUAUUUUCUUAAGCCUUGGUAAUGAUGUACAUGUGUUUACAACUAUUUACAGUUUUGUAGUUUGAUUGAACUUUGUGUGGCCAAUCUUAAUGAAGCUGCUACUUAUCUCAUCCCUAAUGGUGGCAUUGAUUGGAAAUUUUGACUUUUUAGUGAUAUGUUCUGGCUGAAAUUCUGUGAAGUGUUCAAAUCUGUACUGGAAGUAACAAUGUAUUUUUUCCUUGUAGGUCAGUGAGGCAUACAAUAUAUUAAGUGAUGCAAGUAGCAGACGUGCAUAUGAUCUCUCACUACUCAGCUCUUUCAAUUCCUCCUCUUCUUCAAGAGGUAGUCCCUUUGGUUCUGUGCCACGAAACAGGUAGAGGUCUUAGACUUUAAGUUGAUGAUUCACAAAUUAUUUGAUCUUUUUAAUGCUGUUGUUGCUCAGCAAAUGGCAGAUGAUGUUGGUGUUUAAAAAGUUCAAUACAACUUUUUGAGCAAAGUGGCUAUAGAUUAUAAUAAUUACAGACUGUGCGAUUACUUGAACCAGGGCACUUGGAAGAAGAUGAUCCAACCACAACUUUUUUUUGCAAACGGACCAAUAAAAUUUAAGAUUGAAAUAUGCAACCGUUGAAACCUUUAAAACCAUUUUAACUUACCUGACCUCUCAGGAAACAGCCCUAGCAUUUUAUGAAUGUUACUGGUCUGUUUGCAAAAAAAUUUGAGAAUCUUUUGUUUUUAAAAAAUGUUGUGAUUGGAUAAUCUUCUUUCAAGUGCCCUGGUUUUAGUAGUUACACUGUAAGUCAAAUUUUAUUAUGUAAUUGGGAUGUGCUUAAGACUUAAAUUUUGUGAUUGCCUCUCGUUAUAUUAAAAUUCAUACUUGGCUCCAAUGCUUGGGGGAAUAAAACAACAACAGAAGUGUAUUAUUCAUUAUUGAGCCUCAAGAUGAUUUCUUUUGUUUUAUUCGCCCUUGCAGCCAAGUAUGAAUUUUAAUAUAUCGGAAUUGGUCUAUUUCGGUCUUUGAAGAAAACCAUUUCACCAUCCUAGAGUUAAAACAGUGUCCUCUACGAUGUCAAUUUGUCUUUACUUUGCAGUGACAAUUUUUAAGCUUCUCAUUGUAAGCACCAUUCACUCUUUGCAGGCAAUCUUCAUACAGUUACUAUUAUGAGAAGGCCACAAGCUCAUCAAACUACAGGUAUCCUUACUUUAAGUUACUGUAUUUACAUGUGUAUAAUGCGCACUUUUUCUCCCCUGAAAUCAACCUUCAAAUUUAUGAUGCGUAUUAUACACUUAUUCCAUUGUUUGGUCAAGAAAACAAAAGAAGACAAAAGCUUUGCAGUAACUGGUGUUUAAUACACUCAGUAAAGUAAACUACCAAUGAACUGUUUUCAAUUUUGAUCCAUGAAUAAAUUAAAAUGACUAUUUAAGAAACAGCUGAUCGAGGAAGACAACAUGUGAGAUUGUCACUAUAGCAAUUAAUCAUGGCUACGAAACUUACCACUGUGAAACGUCAAAGUUGCACUGUGUUCGACAAGUUAAGAAUAAUCCAGUUUGCAGAGCAACAUGGCAAUCGUGCUGCUGAGCAGAGGUACAUCCUCCCUCAUACAGGGUCCAGUUGCACAAAAGGUGGAUAAAGCUAUCGACUAAAUAUAUCACCAACCAACCUCAAUUCUCUCUAAGCAAUAUAUUUUUUUAUCAAUACAUCAUUGAGAGGAAUAUUGUAAGAAUUAACAAGAUAAUCAGCUAAGGGAAAAUACUUUGAUCUUCAAAGAAAUUCUCUCCACGAUAAGACUUUCCUUUACAUACUUCUAGUCGUAUCUCUUAAAAAACAUACAUCUACAAUGCCCAGUUUUAAAUUAAGGUCAAAUUUUAAAUUUUGGAUCCAACAAACAGUUUAAGGAAACAGAGGAUCGGGACAUCCAUGAAUAGAGGUCUAGGAGACGAAGAAAAUAGAGAAUCAGCUAAGGUUAAAAAAAUAUUAAACCUGAAUUAAAUUUUGACCUGUAACAUAGAUAAUAGGGUUUAACCCUUUAACUCCCAAUAGUGACCAAGAUCAAUUUUCUCUUGACAAUAUCCAUACACUGUUAAAAGAUAAGUUAUGAGAAUUAAUAAAAUGAUCACCUGAGAGAAAAUGCCCUGAUGUAUCAUCAAAUUCUCUCAACUAAUUCCUUAAGGAAAUGUAUGGAGAUCAGUUUGGAGAAUUUGUAUGUGGAUACUAGGGCUUAAAGGGUUAAAGGAUUAAAUGUCUCAUCAUUGUUGUAAUUUUUUAAAAUUAGAUUUUCGUUUUGAUCUUCAGGCAAUCAAGAACCUAUGACUUUACAGCACCACAUGUACAUGUAAACAGAGCUCAAAAACAGAAACACAACAGACUUAUUAUGUUGGGAGCUUUUGUCUUCAUGAUGACUGGAGCUACAGUUAGCUAUCUUAUAAUCAGG